AUAGUAAAAAAAAAUAAAUAUUAAACUUUUGUAAUUUUGUAUUAACGGAUGAAUUUAUUGCAAACGAAGGAAGUGACCAGAAAAAAAAAAAAACCCAAAAAACAUAAACAAAAAAAAGAAGAUGACAUGCAGCCGCUUUUAUUUGGAGGCAACUCUUAUUCCUCUUCGCACCCCAUUCUCUCUCUCUCUCUCCUUCUUCACGAGAAUUGUUUCUUAAUACUUUCUCUAUACAAUUCCAUAAUUUCUCUAUUUUUAUUUUUAUUUAUUUAUUAAAAAAAAAACAAAAAAAACCCCAAGAUUAAUUUAUCAAUUUAUUCGUAUAAUUUUUAUUAUUAUGAUUAUUCAAUCCAUGGAGAAUCCAUUUUUAUGACCUUUCUUUCUCAAAUUUUUCUGGGAUUAAUUUAUUUCUAAUUUUUUUUUUUUUGGUUGUGGGUGGGUUGUGUAAAGAUUUGAUUUUUAUGUCAUUAUCUAUUGUUAUUAACAUUUUUAUUAAUUUUUAUUUAUAUAAUAUGAUUAGAUCCCUGUUCAGAAAAGGAAAUUAAUAAAUGUUGGUUUGGUGAGGUGACCUGCUACCUAGCUGUUGAUUGUAAGCUUUGUUAUUAUGGAUUCUUCAGCUUUUGAUGGGGCUGUGCUUGAUCCAGUGAAAUGCAGUAAGUUGAGUAUGGAGGAGAGAAGAGAAAUAGUGUAUGAAUUAGCAAAGUGGUCGAAUGGUGCUGCUGAAAUGCUGCAAUCUUGGAGUCGUCAAGACAUUUUACAAAUAUUGUGCUCUGAGAUGGGGAAGGAGAGAAAGUAUACUGGUUUGACUAAGUUGAAAAUCGUAGAGCACCUCCUAAAAGUAGUUUCUGAAAAGAAUUUAGUAAUUCACGACAGUGGUGUUCAUGGACAACAGUCUUCACCUCCAAUCGUCAAUAAGGGUUUAAAGAAGCCAAGGAAGCCUGAUAAUCCUUCUCAUCUUCUUGUCUCUUCUACCAAUAUCUCAACAUGCAACAGUGACAGUGAUUUAGGUACUGCUAAGUACUGCAAAAAUUCUGCUUGCAAGGCUAGACUGAGCAAGGAGGACAAAUUUUGCAAAAGGUGCACGUGCUGUAUCUGUCACAAAUAUGAUGAUAACAAGGAUCCUAGCUUAUGGCUGACGUGUAGCUCAGAGCCUCCUUUUCCAGGAGAUUCAUGUAACAUGUCAUGUCAUCUAGAAUGCGCUAUCAAACAUGACAGGUCCGGCAUUGCAAGAAAUGGGCUUGUUUCUCAAUUAGAUGGGAGUUUUUACUGCAUUUCUUGUGGGAAGAUGAAUGAUUUGAUGAGCUGUUGGAGAAAACAAUUAGUAAUUGCAAAGGACACUAGACGAGUUGACAUAUUAUGUUAUCGUAUCUCCCUGAGCCAGAAGUUGCUGGCUGGAACAAAGAAAUACUUUAAGUCUUCUGAUAUCAUUGAUGAUGCCAUAAAACUACUUGAAGCAGAAGUAGGUGCCUUAACUGGUGUUCCUGUUAAGAUGGGUAGAGGCAUUGUUAACCGACUAUCAUCAGGUCAAGAAGUUCAGAGACUCUGUGCUUCUGCUGUGGAGCUGUUUGAUUCAAUGUAUCAUCAAACACCAUUGCACCUAGUUUCAAGAAAAAUAGCUUCUUGUAUGAUCAGAGUUGAAGCUGUUAAUGCGACAUCUGUCACUGUGAUCUUGGGUCCUGAUAGUUUAUCUGAGAAGAAUGUGGGUUACACAUUGUGGCAUCGGAAGGCUAAUGACAGGAAAGGACCAGAACAGCCGACUUGUACAUUGUUUCCUCCACAAACAAGGUUCAUAGUCUCAGGUCUUUCCCCAGCGACAGAAUAUGUUUUUAGGGCUAUCUGCUUUGAUAACACCAGAGAGUUAAGCUCAUCAGAAGUACGACUAACUACUAGUAUUUCUACCAAUGAGGUUGCCAAGUGUUCAACAAUGGAAAGAAUUCAGAGCCCAGCAACCAACUGCAGCACUCUUUCUAAUCCGUCUUCCGUGGAAGAUGAAACAAACAAUAUUGCACCCUGCAGUAAUUUGAACGAGAACAAAACCGAGAACUAUUUUAAUUGCAGUAAUGAUCAAAAUCGUUGUUCUGCAUCAGAUGAGGAUAAUGCAACGGGGAAAUUUGACUCUUCUGAUCAAUAUGAUGGCGUGAAAGUUGAUAUUAAACACUCACCUGAUGGUCAAGUGGGUGAAGCCAUGAGCAUUGACAUUGGAUCAAAUGGUCCUGAGAAGACCAAUACACCUUGUGUGAGGCCAGAAACUAGCUUGCCGAUAACUCCUUGUAGGCAAGAAAGCUCGAAAGAAGGCAGUGGGAAAAAGUGCCCCCUGAAAUCCCAUAACAAGGAUCAAGAUGGUAGGCUGAAUAAGGAAGAGGCAAAUGAAAGACGUUCAUCCAAGAAAAGGAAGGUGGAGCGAGAAAAGGAGGAAUGUGUUGGAGACGACUCUUCUGAGAGUAAUUUAGAGUACUACAUUAAAAUGAUAUGUUGGCUCGAAUGUGAGGGCCAUAUUGACAAAAGCUUCAGGCAGAAAUUUUUAACAUGGUACAGCAUUAGGGCUACUUCACAGGAAAUUAGAAUUGUUAAGGCUUUUGUCGAUACCCUCAAUGAUGACCCUGCCUCCCUCGCAGAGCAGCUUCAAGAUACGUUUGAGGAAAUCAUCUCGAGCAAGAAGUUGCCUGUUGUUCCCCCGGGAUUCUGCUUGAAGCUUUGGCAUUGAUCUGCACCGUGCAAAUAGGUAACUCGGGAUGAAGGGUCCUAAUUUUAGGGUUACCCAUUAUUUUUGACCUUGAGCCCAAAUGGAAAGUCUCAGGUCAUACUAAUUCUUUUGGACCUCUAGGGAGCAUGCUAGCAUGCUGCAUCCCCUGUACCUUCAUUAUUAUUGUUAUUAUUAACAGCCAUUCUUCCAUUGAUAAAUUAUUUAACAACAUUUGUCUCAUUUAUAAAAUUAUCAUCAUUUCUGAUUCCA